UUUGGCCAAAUAUCAAAUUUUGGCAAAACUUAGCACCAGGCGUAACGCCGAUCGGUUGAUGAAUUGAAUACACAUGAUAAUUGAUAAUCAGCAACUUUGUGCUACGUCGAUUAAAUAUAAAAAUGAUAUACUAAAAAAAACGAUCAACUUUUUUUUUUCUCUCUUUCCAUUUAAAAUGAAAGUUAUUAUAACGGGAGCUUCUGGUUUAUUAGGACGUGCUGUUUACAAAACUUUUAAGGAAACAAAUUCAAAUUAUGAAGUUAUUGGACUUGCAAAAACCAGAGUAAAAAAUGAUUUAAAACAGUUGGAUUUAACUGAUAAAGCAGCUGUUGAAUCAUUCAUUGAAGAAAUUAAACCUGAUGUAAUUAUUCAUAGUGCUGCCGAAAGAAAACCUGAUGUAGUAGAAAAAAAUCAAGAAUUAGCUUAUGAGUUAAACGUAAAUACAACGGAACACCUUGCUAAAUUAUCAUUAAAAUACAAAUUUUCAUUAACUUAUAUUUCAACGGAUUAUGUAUUCGAUGGAAAAAAUCCUCCUUAUGAAGUUGAUGAUACACCUAAUCCAAUAAAUCUAUAUGGAAAUACAAAAUAUCAAGGAGAAUUAGCCAUACAAAAAAUUAAUCCCGAUAGUAUAAUCUUAAGAAUACCUCUAUUAUACGGUGAAGCCGAAUCUCCCGCUGAAUCAGCUGCGAAUAUAUUGAUUGAUUCUGUAAAGGAUUCAUCAAAGAAGACUGAAAUAAAUAAUAUUUCCAAAAGAUAUCCUACAAAUGUCGAAGAUGUCGCUAGAGUAAUUAAAGAUCUUACAGUGAAAAGUGUUGAACAAAAUGUUCCAAUAAAAGGAAUAUUUCAUUUUACCGCAAAUGAAAUGUUUACAAAAUAUGAAAUAUGUAAAACUUUUGCUAAAAUAUUGAAUUGUUCAAGUGACCAUUUAAUUCCGCUUGAUUCACAACCGCCUUCAGCUGCAGCGAAACAACCUUUUGAUAGUCAUUUAUCAACCAAGAGACUUGAAGAAUUGGGUAUUGAUACAAAAUGUGUCGGGUUUGAAGAAUGGUGGACUAAAUAUCUUGGAGUAUGAUUAUUAGAAUAUAAUUAUUUGAAUAUAAUUAGUAAUUUGAUUGAAAAUUUUUUUUUUUUGUCAAAACAUUUGUGUAACUUUUUAAAUUAUUGUUAGAAUGUUGGAUUAUAAGGUUCGAUCGAUAUUAUUCUGCAUCGAUCGAUAUUAUAAUCAAAAAGAUUCUCUCCCAAUUGAUCAAAAUCAUUUUAUUUUAUUGGAUAAACCUAUUUAUAACGGUCUUUGACUUUUAUAGUUAAUCCCUUUACCCAAAUAAAUACUUUUUUUCAUUUUGUAUUUCCUAAAAAAGUUUAAAAAAGUUUUACAAAUUAAACGAAAAAGUAAGUAAAAGAAAUAAAUAACAUACGUAUAUCACGAUCAUGAUGAUAUUAUUCAUGUGAAAAUUCUAAUUGUUUGAAAAAAAAAAAAA